AAGCAAUUUGCAUGCCAAGAAAAGAGAAGCAAAGUUUUCCAAAAUAAAGUAUAGGAAAACCAAGAAAGCAAGUUUGCCAUAUAAUUACAAAAAUUUGAGUAAGCAGAAGAGAAAAAAGCUAGAAGACUAGAUAAAGAAGAGAAUCCAGAGCAGCAGAGCAGAAAAGCAAGUUAGCAAGCAAGCAAGAAAGCCAGCAAAGCAGAAAAGGACGCAAGCAGCAGACAGCAAAUCAAGAAAGCAGCAGCAGAUAAAAAAAAAAACAGAAAGCAGAGCAGAUAGCAAGCAAUAAGCAAAAGAUUACAAAGCAAGAAAACAGCUGAUUGAAUUAUAAACACGAGCGAGCAAAGCAGGAAAGCAGGCAAGCAGGAAAGCAGGAAAGCAAGUUAGCAAGCGAGCAAGAAGUCCAGGGAACAGGAGUCGGAGACGGACGACCAAAUACUCUAGUUGCGUGACCCGCACGUUUUACACAAUAACCAGCGUAAUUGCUCAUAAAGCGACUGCUGCGAAUGACCCGCACGCCGGAGUAACCGACCGUUUACGUUUACGGCAAUUACAAGCCGGUCCGCCGGAGGAGGUGACAGGCAAUUAGGCUUCGGGCUUCGGGUGAGAGAGGCGGUGGCGGAGGGGGGUCGGCCGUACCCCACCACCCCAACCCCGGAUGUAUAAGCCGGACACGCUCACGCGCCGCGGCAGCCUGAGAUCUCUGCGCAGCGCCCCGCUCCUCAGCACCGUGCUCGAGAGCACCCUAUCGCUGACCCGCAUCCACCCGAUCGCCUCCUUGGAGCUGCCCGGCCUCGACUAUGCGGUCCACUCGCAGUCGGCCUUCGGCGCCUACGGGCUGGCCCACCCCCGCGAUCUAGCCACCUGCACCUCGUUGCGCAGCGGCCUUGCGGCGAUCACCGCGGCCUCCGCCUCUGCCGCCGGGGGCGUCUCCCAGUCGCAGAGUGCCCUGCUCGGGCGCUACGGACCCAACGCCUCGAUUCGCCACGGAGAGCGAAAGAUUGUCCAGCCGAAACGGGUUCUAUCACGCAAACUAAAGCCACAUCUUGUUGCGGACACCGUUAAGCAGUAUAUAAGUCGGGCCCAACGCACAACCAAAAAGGGUUCUCAAGAGCAGCAAAAUAUGGAGUUUUUACGCGGCGUCUAUGCGUUUAUGCAAGUGAGUAGAUCAUCGGUGUCUCAUGUCAAAAUCGAUUCACCUGUUUUUCGCCUGCACACCAACGCAACGGUUAUAUUACUGAUCACAUUCUCGAUUGCUGUGACGACGCGGCAGUACGUAGGAAAUCCCAUAGACUGUGUACAUACAAGAGACAUUCCCGAAGAUGUUCUCAACACAUAUUGUUGGAUACACUCAACGUAUACAGUGGUCGAUGCGUUUAUGAAGAAGCAAGGUUCCGAGGUGCCUUUUCCCGGAGUUCAUAAUUCACAGGGCCGCGGGCCUCUAACAAUAAAGCACACAAAAUAUUAUCAAUGGGUAGCGUUUACACUAUUUUUUCAGGCAAUCUUAUUUUAUACACCAAGAUGGCUGUGGAAAUCUUGGGAGGGUGGCAAGAUUCAUGCGCUCAUCAUGGACUUAGACAUAGGCAUUUGUUCCGAAGCCGAGAAAAAACAAAAAAAGAAAUUACUUUUAGAUUAUUUGUGGGAAAAUUUAAGAUAUCACAAUUGGUGGGCGUACAGAUAUUACGUGUGUGAGCUGCUCGCCCUUAUAAAUGUGAUAGGUCAAAUGUUUCUUAUGAAUCGAUUUUUCGAUGGCGAAUUUAUGACAUUUGGCCUGGAAGUGAUAGAUUAUAUGGAGACCGAUCAGGAAGAUCGCAUGGAUCCGAUGAUUUACAUAUUUCCCAGAAUGACCAAAUGUAUUUUUAAAUAUGGUUCAAGUGGGGAGGUGGAGAAACACGACGCCAUUUGCAUUUUACCAUUAAACGUUGUUAAUGAGAAGAUUUACAUUUUCCUUUGGUUUUGGUUUAUAUUAUUAACGUUUCUCACAUUAUUAACGCUAAUAUACAGGGUGGUUAUUAUAUUCUCUCCUCGAAUGAGGGUCUACUUAUUUCGUAUGCGAUUUAGGUUAGUGCGUCGUGACGCUAUUGAAAUAAUCGUUCGUCGUUCGAAGAUGGGCGAUUGGUUUUUGUUGUAUUUACUAGGUGAAAACAUAGAUACAGUUAUAUUUCGUGAUGUUGUACAGGACUUAGCGAAUCGUUUAGGACAUAACCAACACCACAGGGUGCCUGGCUUAAAAGGUGAAAUACAGGAUGCAUGAUAUUGGGAGUAUUAGAAACAAUACAAAAUGCAAUUUGUCGUCUCCAUUUGAAAACCAUCGAAAUCAACAAAUCAAAUGUCAACAACAAAAACAAGACUAAGUAAAUGAAAAAAAAAAUACUACAACCACAAAGGAAUCUAGAGAUCUUCGCAGCAGCCGCUUCAUUAACAAACUCAACACACACCGCUAAAAAAUCUUUAAAAAAACGUAUCUCAAAAAUACAACCAAAAAAACUAUCGUCAGCGCAGUCAGUCAUAAAUCAGCAUUUUCAACCAUGGAGACCAUGAUAGAUAGCCGGCUAAGUCUAUCGAUAGUCGAAACAGAACAACACACAUCCAAGCACAGGGCAUACAAAAAAAAAAUGGAAGCGGAAGGAAGCAGGGAGACAUUUGGACAAAAUAGGAAAACAUCUAAACAACCACGCAACGAAAGGAAUAUUACAAAUCUCAGUGUCAAUCAAUUAACGUAACGAGAAAAUGGACAAUGGAUAUAUAUACAUAUAUAGAGAGAACGAGAAAAAUGAAGGAAGUCCUGGGACUUCCGGACAGGACUCCCAAGCUGGUGGCAAGUAGCGCCUGCCGCUAGCCAGGGGUCACAAGGUCACAAGGUCACAUGUCACAAGGGAUCGCUUGGGAAAUCAGCGAUCAGCGACCCAUAGAAAAGUUGCCCCCAAGGACAAGGUCAAAGUGUGAGAAGAACAACAGAACAACAGCAGCCAAAUGGACAGCACCGGAAACGGAAACAGACAUCCACACACAUUACGCACACACACACACCCACCCACACCCACACAGAUGACGCCAAACACACGCACUCAAACACGCUUACGGCGACAUCACUCAUUCGCCCCGUAGAACACACACACACACACACAUCGCACUUUGCUUGUCAUGCAGCGUUAACUAAACCAAACAUCAACAAAGUCGAGACGACGCCCGCGGAAAAUUGCAUUUCUGUAUUAACCCCAAAAAAAAAAGAAGGGAAGAAGGAAGAAGGAAGAAAAUUCAAGAGGAUCAGCAUCACUUUCACCGAGGAAAAGCAGGAGUUCACCAUACCAAAACGAUGCAAGCAACAACAACAGCAGCAGCAACAACAGCAACAACAACAACAUAACGGGCUGGGAAAAAACCAUUCCCGCCUGAAAAACGAAAAAAAUAAAAAAAAGGAUAUGCAGCAAAAGAAAGUCAAGAAAACGACAUGUGGAAAUCGCAGAGAAGAUUAACAGUUUAAUUAAAUUAAAUUCAAUUCAAUUAAAUUACUUAUUACAAUGAUAUCUUGAAGUGUUCAUGUAUUCGAAUGUAGGUUAACUAAGUCAAGCAUACAAAUAAUUCUACAUAUAUAAUAUAUAUAUUAUAUAUAUAUAUAAACAAUUUUUUUUUCUAACUCUAAGCAUUUGUAUUACCCGCUAAACAAAUGAACAACAAAACAAAACAAAAACGAAAUGAACAAAAAAAAAAACAAGAAAGAAAAAACAACCAAAAAAAAGCAAACUGAAAACAGAAAACAGAAUUUUUUGUAUACAGAAAAAGAAAGAAAAUUGAAAAUCGAAAUGAGCAGAUAGAGAAAUAAUGAUAAAGAAAAAAAGGAAAAAACCGAGACGAAACGAACAGAAAUAUCAGUAAAUAUCAAAGAAAGUUCAGAAAAUACCAUACCGAAUACCGAAAACCGAAACAAAAGAUACAUUUACAUAGUUUAAUUAGAAGAAACUAUAGCGCGCAUCAUUAUAUAACCGAAAAAAAAAACCGAAAACCGACCGAACAGAACGCAACUCCCACAACAAAGACAGACAGACGGAAACGGAAAUGUUUUAAGCUCACACACACUCCCCACACACAACACCCACACAAACACACACAAACACAGACACACGCGAAUAUAGCAUGUAAAGCAUAUAAAUAUAUAUAUAAUUAUCGAUCGAUCAUUCAGCAAAUGAGAGCAGCCAACAUUCGCAGCAUAAAUCAAUUAACUCCACUAAUAAUAGAGCAUACUCAACUCUCUCUCUACGAUAAUACGCCUAGUACUCAAGCGGAAAAUGCGAAAAUUCCCCAGGAAAAUCAGGCGGAAAACGCACGCUUUGCCACAUGAAUCAAGUGUAAACAUAACGAUAAUAAUAUAAUACCACUAGCGAAUAAAGUCCCAAGCAUGAGGGUUCAGUUUGGAGUUCGACAAUUUGACAAUUUGACAAAUUCCACAAUUCGACAAUUCCCAUCCCCCCACCCGGGACAAUAGGCAUUGCAGAUGGGCCUACGGUAGAGCCUUCCUAUGACAGCCCCUUCCGACAGUUACCAGCCAUCCACCCAUCCACGACUCCAUCAUGUGCUACAAAUCGUAAUAUCCGUCCAGAAAACCUUUUGAAGCGCACUCUCUCCGUUGAGAGAUCCCGAUCUCUCACCCUCCUUUUUUGGAUACCGAUCUUUGAUCUGGGAUCCCUCCGACUUCCGUGUGCCCCCAAGAAGAAAUGGACCAAAGAACCAGUCGCACAGAUGCCUCAGAAAGUUAUCACCCCCCUGCCCACUACCACGUUUUUCCCCAUCUCUCAAAGGACGACCAAAACACAGCCAGAAAAAGCCAAGCCAGAGAUGCAAAUCUAACAACAAAUAUCACUGCCAACAAAACCACUUAAAGUAAAAUCAAGUUAAAAUAGUUAAAUGGUGGAGGGUCUAUCACAAAAAGAAGUAAGGAAUAAAGGAAGGUGUUACCAAAGGCUCAACUGCAGUGCCGCAAGUAGUAAUGAAAAGCAAAAGGAAUUAAGAUUGUUCCUUGUCUCAGAAUCAGGAAUUGCCGAUAUGGACCUGCUCAAACCUCAAUCCUUUCGGGAAUUACUUUGGAUUCAAAUCAUCUAGUUUGAGUGCUUGUUUCCGUCUACUCACACUACUCAGCAUACUCAAAGACGCAUUACAAUUUAGAGGGAGGAGAAGUGGGGUUGAAGGUUGAAGCGAAAAAACAAUAAGUGUAACAAUAAAUGGUAAUAAGUAAUUUUAGCGUAUUUUUUUUUUUAACAGCUUAUAGCCAACUAAGUGAAAGUAAUUGUAAUUCUAGUUCAAACUGAAACAUUUUUGUCUGCGUUUUUUUUGUCGUGGGUUCGUAGGUUAAGUCACACACACACAUACAGUCACAAACAUAAAAAACACCCACACACACACACAGACACAGACACGCAAUAAGUGAAACGGUAAACGAAAAGCAAAUGUAUAAAUAUCGAGGAUACUUACACUGUAAUUAUAGGGGGCGAAUAAGAAAGGAAUACCAUACCAAAACGUAAGCAUAUUACAAGGAAAUUGCCAUUAGUCGAUAGUGUUAAAGCGAUACGUAUAUGAUCUACAUGCUAGGCUAACGAAAAAGAAAACCAAACAUAUAAAUGAAACCCAGAAUACUUAGUGUAGCUCAAGAUGGAAUCUCUCGUAUCUCGUAAAUCGUAACUCGUAACUCGUAAAUCCAACUAAAAGCAAUUGUAAAAUAUCGUAACAGGUCCUGGGGGCGAUCGAACAAGCAAACAAAAGUAAAAGCAAAUGCUAACGAACAAAACGCAAGACUUUAUUUUUCAAAGUGUUUGCCGCAAUAUAUUAACUCGAUGAAUUCGAAUUGUACUAGCUGAAUCUAGUGGUUAAGAAGGACAUUUCAUAGACGCAAUCCUAGAAGCAAUAAGCACAGGCGGAAACGGAAACAGAAACAGAAACAAAAACGAAAACGGAAGCGGAAGCAGACAGAGCUAACAGGAACAUCGAUGACUUUUUACCACGCUUCACCACAUCCGGUACAGUUCUAUCCACUUCUCACCACACAGCACGGCACUUCUCUCUCUUUCUCUCACUCACUCUUUAUCCCGUCUCUUUCCCACUGAAAAAUGUUAAAUCAGAGGUAAUAGGUUGUUUCCACCUAAACAAAAUCUUAAAAGACUAUGUUUUAUGUAAAUGCCGAUAUGUCAGUACGAACAAUGCUUUUUACUGACACUUGGUGUGAACAGGCCAUAGAAAUCUCAUUGCGAAAUACACUGACCAAAUUGUAAACGUGGAAACAGAAUAUAAAUCUUAUAAAUCCGACUUACAAGUUAAUGAAUCUGUGAAAAUAAUCGACAAUUCUGUUUAAAAUAUUGUGUAUUUGCUUUUCAGUGCCCCAUAAUCUCAAUUAAUGCUUGUGUUUGUUUGUUCAUUUGUUUGUUUGUUUGUUUGUUCGCGGUCUGGAUUUGGUUUCUGCCAUAUUUUUUGUGUAUAAUUAUUAUGUAUUCUUUGGUGGCUAAGUUAAGGUUUUAGUUCUGUAACUUAUACCGUACUUUCUCACUCAUUUGUUCUUUCGUGCAAUAAAAACGAGACUUGUAUACAUAUCA